AUGCUUUACAAGUGCAUUAUUUGCAAAGAAGGCAAAUUCUUUGCCCAAAUAUCACCAACAGAAAGUGGAUAUUGCGUUAAAUGCCAACGUGUGAGAUCGUUUUUGCCUGAUACAUCAUCAGCUUCUUCGGCUAGACGAACCACUGAAAUGUCAGAUACUUUCGAAGGCAAAAAAUUACACCCUUCAAAUAUGGAAAGAUUUCGAGGCAAACUAGGACCGGUGGCAUCUUCGACUAAUAACAUAGCUCGUCUAUCAAAUACAUCAACAUUACAAAACUGUGAUUAUUUCAAACUAUGUCUCGAAUUCAUGCUUUCAGUGGGCUAUUCGAAAAGACUUUUCAAUAGAAAGCAUAAUCGAUGCUAUUGUCAAGAAUGUUAUCCGGCUAGGUGCAAAGAUGUUUUUAUAGAGGGUGGUGCCAAAUAUGUUAUUCCGCGUGGUUGGGUUCGCUUUGGAUUGUAUAUUGACGAUGCGCAAGCAGAAGUCGAAAGGAUAUGGAACAAAUGGGUUGUAAGCUACCACGGCACAAGUCCUCAAUCAGCGAAAUCUAUCAUUGAACAUCAUCAAUUUCUUCUUCCAGGAGAUCAAUGUAUGGGUGGACAUGUGAUCCGAAUACGUGAAGGUCAUAUUCCAAAUAAAUUUCAAGUAUAUACAUCUCCGACCAUUGUAUAUUCAGGCGAUGAUAUUUACACUCCAGCUAUUCCAUUUCGUUCAAAGUCCGGACGAUCUUAUAAAGCUAAAGUUGUGCUUCAAUGUCGUCAACAACCUGAAACAUUUAAGGUGCAGGCUGAGACCAUUGGGGCUGGUAGUAGGCGUAUAUGUCCCAUCAUUCCAAAUAAUGAAGUAGAAUACUUCUCAGAAGUACGAUCAUCUAUCAUACCAUAUGGAUUGCUGAUACGUGUUUUUCAAUAA